CUGAGUAAUCCCAAUUUCAGAUUCGUGGUGAAGUCGCUGUCCACCGGUCUUUCCACUCUUCGAAUCGAUCCAGUUCUUUCAUCUGAUAAUCAAACGACAAUAUCUUGCUCGGCAGAUAAUGGAGUAGCCAAUCCAGUAGUGGCAGAUGCUGUUGUAACAGUUAUAGACAAGGCGGAACUCCCAUCCGGAUUUCCCAUAAUAGAUGCUCAUCCCACGCUUAAAUCUGUAGAGCAAGGCCGAACGGCUCAUGUCACUUGCAGGGUCCGAGGGGAUCCCCGACCAAAAGUUUUGUGGCUGCGUGAUCUCGUCCCAAUUGAUAUAAGAGCCGAAGGACGUUAUUCAGUUUCUACAAUGGGCAAU